AUGGUAUCUCAAACGACAACAACUCACACGGGCGGUGGGCUGCAUCAAGAAAUACAGAAUACAAUAAAUGAAAUGGAAACGCUAAGGGUGUUUGAACUAAAAGAUCUGUGCAGAGCUAUUGGAUUACCCAUAUCAGGACGAAAAAAUGAGCUGCAAGAUAGAAUAGCAUCUCACGUUAAGGCAUCUUUAGCAGUUGGUCAUAUAGAUCCCUGGAGACCAAAAGCAGUCAAUGCAUUAAUAGAAAAAAUGAGAAAUAAAGAAUAUCCACUACCGAGUUUUCUUGAAGUAUGGGAUGCUUUGCGGCUUGGAAUUGUCAAUUCUAGACCCUCUAACGCACAAACUAAUGGCAAUACUAUUACAAUACAACCUUUAUCAGGCGUUUUUCAUAAUCAAGAUAAUACAUCAAAGAAAAGCGUUCCCGGUAUGGGGGCUAUUAACCCAUAUCUCCCAAAGAAUAGUCAUGAUCUAAAUUCACAAGCACCUUUCCAUGUUUCUCCCUUCUUCAACCUGAAAAAACUCAUACCUUCAACCGUCCAAAAAUUGAAGAAAGCAAGUGGAAGGGGAAUUGCAUCUGCCAAAUUUUCUUUCAGUUCACUGGACUGGAAUAAUUUUCAGGCAAAUAAAAAUCUUAGGCUCUACCUUUUCUGUCAUCAGUUGAAUUCUCUAGGCUCAAGAGGAAAAUCUUUCAUUCAGUUCCCAAUACCUAAUGAAAUGUUAUUUAAUGGUACAAAAAUGAAUGAUAACGUCAAAGGAUUAAAGAACAAACCAGGCACUGCAAAGCCUGCAAAUCUUACGCCGUACAUGAGACCAUCAAACUUAACCAAUACUUUAGAACUAAUUUAUGCAUUCACAAAGGUAGAAUUUCAGAUGUCUUGCUAUAUCGUAGAAGACAUCCCUCCAGAAAAAUUAUUAGAACAAGUGCUGAAACAUCAGAAGAUAAGUAAAACUACUACGUUACAGUAUAUCAAAAAAACAUUAAGUGAAGAAGAGGACACUGAUUUCAUAACCACUUCAACCGUACUAAGUCUCCAAUGUCCUAUUUCUUAUACAAAAAUGAAAUAUCCUAGUAAAUCAAGAUCUUGCGAACAUUUACAAUGCUUCGACGCACUCUGGUACUUACAUUCACAGUUACAAAUACCAACUUGGCAAUGUCCUGUUUGUCAAAAUUCAAUUCCUCUCGAGAGUUUGACAAUCUGUGAAUACGUUGAUGAAAUUUUGAACGAAACAAGCGAGGAUGUAGAGAAAGUGGAACUGUCCCCCGAUGGUUCCUGGGUUCCAAUUGAUGAAGAGAAGAAAGAUCAUUCAGAUGAUGAUUAUCCGGUCAAAAAGGAAGGUACUCAGGAAAAACUACAAAGUUUGCCGAGCACGAACUUUUCGUCACAUAGUGAAGAACCAAUUGUCAUUUCAUUAGACAGUGACGAGGAAGAAAUAGAACAAGCGCCAGAAGAAGCCGGCUCCAUAGAAAAUGGAAGCUCAACAGAAAGCACUACUUACGAAGUUGAGGGCAGUACCAUAGCGUCAAGCGUUAGUGCCGCAGGACAAGAGGAAAAUGAUAAUUCAAGUGUGAACUCCGAUGAACCAUUAUCUACAAUAAGGAACCCAAAUGGCCGUAUCGAACCGACAGAUGAUUCUACAUUUGCUCCUCCUCCUCCCCUUCCACCCUCUAUGCCGCUUUCAAACUCAUUACUGGGGCUAACUAAUGGAUCGACACAAGGCGAAGUGGAUUCUCCACGACAACCACAAAAUAGCCAUAACCCUUCUGAUGUCGUACCGCAAUUCAGUACGAGAGUGUUUUCAGGUUCGCCCAAUCCUUUCUUAACCAAUCCAGCCAAUCUAUUUGGAAUGACAGGUAAUCAACAACCGGUUCCUCAGCCCCAGAAUCCAAGGCUACCUCCAAUUACCGGUCCCCUUCGACAGCCAUCAUCUCCAACCGGCCCAGCGAUCUCAUCUGGAGUGACUGGUCAUGAGAACCAUGCAUCCACAACACAGACAAAACGAAAUCAACCAAGGCCAACUAGUUCUCGAAGAAAUAGAGGCGACGUUUCACCGUUCAUACCUAGAAGACCAUAUGAAAAUAUUCUUCCUAAGAAAAGGCCUAAUAAUAAUGCCCAUAACGACAGCCCGACCGAUACGAAUUCCUUAGCAGCUGCAAGAGAGUUAGGAAUAUCGCUGGAGGAGAACAUGGGCAGCGGUAAUGGUGACGACGACAAUGGUGACGGCAUUAUUGAUCUAACAUCCGAUUGA